GCAGUGUGGACACACCUGAAACAACCGCUUGGCCAACAGAACUUGCCUGGCCGCAGGUUUCCUAUCACCAGUUCGUGCUACACCAGUUUUCUACUUUGCGGAUUGGCCAACAAACAUUGGACAAAGAUAUCCCAACCCAUAUCGAAGCCCCCCUUAUGCUACACAUUUUUUUCCACGCAAGCCUCGACAGCUGCUCGCCAAGUGCACUCAGUCAGGUGAGACAUGAGUUCCUUUCACCCCACUCUCGUUUCCAGACUCCUUGGGUGCAGAACAUACUUUUGAAGAUUAACUAUUGUGCAGUCACUGAAGUGAAUACUGCCCUCGUAUGCAAAUUCUUUAGCGAUACCAAAUUCUCUCACUUUGGGGAGGAGGCGAGGGUAGUUUUCUCCAUGGUCGGCACCUCCAGGGUUGCGGAUUUGACCCCGUAGCACGACAAAUUCAUAUGACACGGCGCCAAAUCCGGUGCUGACGUGGCGUAUCCGCAUGCCAGGGAUGAGGAUUCACCUCAUACGUGACGAUACGUCCGCGCCCUGUUAUGACCCUAGCCUAGAUUUCUAUAUAUCCUAGCAGCACCACACUUCCGUACUUUCUUGAAAUCCCUGUUUUAACCACUUCCCAGCAGCGCCCCAUAUCCCAGCAGAACCCCAUUACACCCUAUGCCUGGUCUUACCAGGUCCCGUAAGAAGUUCCCAUGCUUUGUUAAGGUGUGUGCACGCGUAUACUUGUAGAGACAUUUACGGUUGAAGUGGCUUAUCAAACUCAUACAUUCAUCUUAGUGUGAUAUUCACUCAUUAUGCGUAACAGCCCACUGCUAUUCACUCAUUAUGCGUAACAGCCCGCCGGCCCAACAGCCCUCUUCCCCCCUGCCCUCCGCCGCCCGACAGAACUCCGCCGCUCAGCAGCAGUCCUCUCCUCUGCUCUCCUCCGCCCAGCAGCACCCCUCCCCCUUCCUCUCCGCCGCCCAGCAGCACACCUCCUCCCUGCUCUCCUCCGCCCAGCAGCACCCCUCGCCCUGUCCUCCGCCACCCAGCAGCACUGCUCACCACUGCUCUCCUCUGCCCAAACAGCACUCUUCCCCCCUGCCCUCCGCCGCCCAACAGAACUCUGCCGCUCAGCAGCAGUCCUCUCCUCUGCUCUCCUCUGCCCAGCAGCACCCCUCCCCCCUGCCAUCCUCCCGCCCAGCAGCACUCCUCCCCGCCGCUCCCGUCCGCUUCUCAGCACUCUUUCCCCCCUCUCUCCUCCGCCCAGCAGCACUCCUCCCCUGUGCACUCGAACCACCUAAUGCACUCCUCCCAGCUGCCCUCCACCAUUUUUUUCCCCCUCUCAGCCGCUGCAAUACACCUCUGAUCUACCCUGACCAGUUGCACUCCUCUCAUGUGCUCUCCAACGCCCUGCUGCCCUCUUCAUCGCCUCUACUUUCAUCUGGCCAACCACCAUCCUGUUCCCCUCACUCCUCUUCCGCCCAGCUGUGCCCUUCACCUCUGCGCUCCGAUUCCCAUUUCAGUAACACUGCGACACCAACCGCAGGGAUCCUACGUGUUCCCGUAGCUGCGUUUUCUGCUCCCGCUCCUCACCCACACGUGCAGCCUCAACAUGAUGCAUGUUCGGACCCGGCUUCGGCCAUUGCCGCCAAACCCCAACCCCUCUGCAGCCCAACGUGAUACACAUGUACCUGAGGCGCCCGUGCAGGCCAUGCGCUCUCCGCGUGUGGUGAGAGGGAAGAAGGUCCAUGCUGCCGAAGACCGCGAUUGGCUGAGCGACGACGACUCGUUUCUUGACUCGGAGGAGAUGGAGUGGGAUGAUGGUGACUUUGUCGAUGGUCCACACACAGCAGUGGAUCAACCGACAAGGGCGGAGGUCAACCAGCAAGGACAAGCAUGGCAGCUGCCCUCUCCACCCAUCAGCCCUCCUCUUCCCAGGGCCGGCGCCAGAGGCAUGUCCCCACCUCCGUGCCAUGUACCUCGCAGCAGGCCCCAGGCGAUGAGCUUUUUGACAGCGGAAGUGCCGCUUGUCAUAGGCACCACAUGUGCAGCAACUGAUACGGUUACCCGGGCCAAUCUUUGAAGCGCAACGUCGUCGGAAUCAAGAGCUGCAACGGCGGGUUUUGGAGUUGGAGGCGGAGUUGACGCGUCGCAGUAUGGGUCCAGCACCGGCCCAGCAGGGUGCAUGCCCAGCACGGUCGGCGGUGGGCUGCAACACCGGGAAGUUGUGCGGGUGAUGGUCGGAACUGCUGAUCCGGUUUUGGCGCCUAGUGGCCACAACAUGUGGCCGCGUCGGCAGCGCAAUUUCGAGCGAGAGUUUGCAGACAAGUAUCUUGACCGGCGGCCUAUAGAUUACACGCAAAUGACGCCGAAGCAGAA